AUGGAAGUGAAAUGCAUUAUUGGCAAGUACAGUGACAGGAGACCCCAAAGGACUAUGCCACAAAAAUUUGCUGAGGCUUGUGGCUAAACUACCUGGCCUAGUUUGCUCUUGAAGUCAUUGUCUUGGAUAAUCCUUGCAAAUCUGGUCCUGUACUUAAGAGCCAUUCAGCCUGUGACUGAGCUCCCAUCAGGGUUCCUUUACAUUGACCUGUCAGAGCAGACUUUUAGUACAUACACAUCACAUCAAAUCAUCCAACAGAUGUCUCUUUCAGAUGACUUGGAGCAGAACCAAGUAUAUGGAGAAGUCAUAAAUGAGGAAACAUGCUACCCAAGGAUUUUCAGUGGCUUGGCAUAGCUCUUUUCACAGAACACUUAG